AUGCACUUCCCCUCCACACCGCCACCAAUAGUGGAGGGGAAUAUAGGUCACCUGUGCCAUUCCAAACUGUUCCUCCAGAAUAAGGCCAGGAAGGAAGAUUUCUGUCCAAGAAAUCUGAAGAACAUGCACAUGGUGGUGGAUAAACUAAUGGCCCAUUCUCACCUCAAAUACAAAGGUACACUGUCCAUGCUCGACUGCAACAUCUUCCCAGGCCUGGGGCAGGACUAUCUGGCUACUGAGGUCAACAUGUUCCUGCUUCCUGUCCAAGACGGUGAUGGAGAGGAUAGUCUGAACAAAGCAGGGUCAGGAACAUAUCCACUCUUCUCUCUGCUUCCGGGGUACAGGGGACACCCCUCCUUCUCCACUAUGGUCUCAAAACUGCGUAGCCAGAUACUUGCCAUGCCCCGCUGUCAGCUGUCACACACCAUCCUCACUGAGAAAAACUAG